AUGCUAUGGAAGACUGCACCCAUUCUUCCGCAGUACCGGUUCUCUCCAACCUGGACAAAACACGCCAUCAAUAGUCCUUCGCAAUCUGUCUCGGUCCCUAGCAAGAGAAUGCUGGAAAGCUGCAUCACCUCCUGUAUGCUUCUCAGUGUUGAUCCCUACCUCAAGCCGGCCUAUACAUCCACUGACCUGAUCGUUACUAGGACUACUACUGAUCAACUGAUCAACUGGGCCCGGCAAGGAUCCCUGUGGCCUGUAACCUGCGCUCUCGCUUGCUGCGGUAUCGAAAUGAUACACGUAUCCAUGCCUCGGUACGACCAAGACCGACUAGGUAUUAUCUUCCGAGCCUCUCCGCGACAGAGUGACGCGAUGAUCGUGGCGGGCACCGUGACCAAGUGA